AUGACAUCCCUCCAGCAGAACCUUACGGAUCUCAUUGAUGAGCUCUCACCAAAGUUAGACCAGGUAGCGAGCGAAGUGGAGAAGUCUUUGGAAAGAAUUGAAUCACGCGAGCGAACACUAAAUCAGCAGUUGGGAAUGUGGCUUUCACGAUACAAAGAAUCCCAAGACUCCAGAGCUGAAGUGAGAGAACGAUACAAGGCAGCUUCAGGAGGAGUAACUGAGAGAACGGCAACACUCCAGAGGAUUUCCGAAGACAUCGAUCAGAUUAAAAUGCAAAUCGAAGAACAGGGAGCGAAGACGAGCGAUGGAGCUCCCAUGAUGAAGGUGAAGCAAGCACUACUCAAAAUCGAAGAAGAUAUUCAACGGAUGAACGUUCAAAUUGGUGUCCUCGAGCAGUCCCUUCUACAAGCCCAACUCCGAGAACGCGUUUCAUAUACGGCCGAAGCAUAUGGAAUUGCCUAG